UUCUGUCUUCCCAUCGUGUUUUUCGUCGUAAAAUGGCACCACGUGAAAAUGUUGUGAAAUGCGCGGCUUGCAAAGCUUUCUGGGUUUUACGCCUGGUCGAUUCUGUCUUUCGCAAAAAAAUGGCGGGCAGCAGCAAAAAUGUUAGCGAAAAGUUCCUUUCUCCUGCAUAUUUUCAGGUCACACGUCCUAAAAUCCCUUCAAAGAAAACGGAUUCGGCUGCAACGAAGCUUUUACCCCCAUCUGAAUAUAAUGUAGUGAAAGAUCAAGGUGAUGAGAGUGCCAGAGCUUUGGCUGAAAUCAACAAGUUGCAGAAUGAAAACAAACAACUUCGACAGCAACUGGAGCGGUCGAAAGAGGAAGAACUGCGUCUCGAGGGCGAGAUUCGAAAGACCAGGCUUAUGGUGCAGAAAGGCCGAGUCGAUGACGCACUGGAUCUGAAACGAAUGGCCGAACUUCAAGAGGAAAAUCUUUCGCUGCAAUCGGAGGUUAGAAAGCUCGGAGGUUUAACCGCUAAACUCAAAACAGAGCUUAAAGAGAUGAAAAGUAACUUUGAAACAGACCUUGAAAGAAGCGAAGCCGAGCUAGAGAAGGCGAAUUCGUUGAUCAAGGAGCUCAAAACUGAAUUGCGACAAAAGGAGGAAAUGUUCGAGAGAGAAGUGGAGAGUUUGGAGAAACGCGCCAGAAAGCAAAUGGCGAUUGUCAAGAAUUUAAAAGCUGAAGUUAAAAAUGCAGAGGAGCAGGUGAAGAUUGAUAGGAGAGGUUUUGAAGAUGUGCUCGGCAAAAAUGAAUAUGACAAGUAUGAGCAAAUCAAAGCAUUGCAGAAAAGUUUAAAUGCCUGUGAAGCAAAGUAUUUAAUAGAGUUACAAGAAAUGAGUGAUGAGCUCUCAAGAAGAGAACAGAUUCACGUAGAGACAAAAAACAAACUGAAUGCUGCAGAAGAAGAACUAAAGAUUUUUAAAGAGGAACUGAAAGCAAAAGAAAGAGAGUAUUCAACAAACAUAACCAAUUGUCAAGAAAAAAUUCAAGCAAGUCAAUCAGAUUUUGACAAAACUUUUACAGAACUAAGCUGUAAGAUAGAAGAGCAGACAAUUUCAUAUCAAAGAGAAGUCCAGAAUCUAACAGGAAAGCUUGAGAGGAAAGAAGAAGAACUUAAGGCUCAGAACUCAGUUGUUGACCAACUUAGAGCUUACAUCGGAGAGAACCUGCCAAACACACAGAUGGAGAAACUUCAAAAAGAGAACGAAGACGCAAAGCAAAACAUCACCAGCUUAUUACAGGAAAAUGAGCAUUUAAGAUCUACGGUAGAACUUCUCAAUGUGAGACUAUCAUCCAUGAAUGAAAUUCUUUCCAUUCAAGAGACAGAAUUAGUUAAGUUUCAAACUAAAUUCACCAAGGGUGACAGCAGUCAAGGAGACAGUUUGCUUACAAAGUGGAGAGGGAAGGUGUUUGCCUUGUUAGUUCAAUUAAAAUCACAAGAGAUCACCUGUGAGAAGGAAGAAAGAAAUGAGAGGGCUCAGGUGAAACAUUUGAGUAAAGAGCUGGAGGAAUCAAAGAGAGAAGCAGCCAUGUUGACACAUCUCUUAGCUGACAAAAAAGCGGAACAGCAAAUUGAAGUUAACAGGAGCCUAUCUUUGGAAAGGCAGCUGGAAAAGUGUCAGCAAAAUGAGAAAAGGCUGAAGUCCCUUGUUGCAAAUUAUCAAUUGACUGUGUGUAAUCUUCAAGAGGUUGCUCAGACAACAGAAUCUUUCAUGGAAAACGUUGGUUCAGAGAUGGAUGAAGCGUUUAGGAAACUUGCUGUAUUUACUCAACGUGUUAGUUUUGCAUCUGGACGAGUGAAAUUUCUUCAAGGAUUAAUAACUCAUCGCAAGAUACAGUUGAGAAAUGAACUGUCUGAAGCAGCUACCAAAGGUGCUGAAAAUAUGCAAACAACGUCUGAUGGGAACAUUGCUGGUGAGCCAGAGGCUGGUUUGUCACAUGAACAGCUAGCAUCAGAAGUCAAACAGCUAACAAGAGAGAGGGACCAUUUGUUAGAACAGGCCAGGAAGGAUUCCGAGACUUUAGAAAGGAAAGAGAUAGUAAUCAAAGCUCAGUAUGAAGAGCAGUUAAAAGAGUCUACAAACAAAAUAUCACAGCUGGAGUCGCUCUUGAAGGAUGAACGAGAAAGAAGUGCUAUCCUUAGUGACAAGUUAGAGACUGCCGAAGUUGAAUUAUCUGAGAGAUUGGAGACUAUUGAAGCACUUAAAACUGAAAUGGCUAAACAUAAGGAUGUGGCUGAAAAAACUUUAGAUAAAGUCUUGCAAGCAGAGCAAGCAAGAUACACUGAAGAAUUUGCAAAACUUGAGAGGCAAUUUAACGACAUUCGCCGUGAACACACCAAAGCAGUUGUGGCCCUCAGACAAGCAGAAAGACAAGUUGAGCGGGAAAAGGAGAAAUCAGCAGAGCAACUGUCUCUUCAACAGAAAGAGUACGAAAUAAAAUUAGGGAAAAGUCAGUCACAACUGCAACACUUGGAGAAGGAAAGGAACACGCUUAUGGCUACAGUUCGGCAAGAGGGUUUCAAAGUUCCAAGACUAAGGCCAAAGGAACUUUCAGACAAUGGCAAAGAAGAAGAGAAAGAAAACAGAGACCAAAUUCCUCUAGAAGAUAAACGGCCGAUAAAAACCAGUAGAAGCAAGGGAAAACGACACAAAGCAGAAAAAUCUAGCAUCCAGCAUGAUCCUAAAACUAUCUCUUCCUCUGUUCAAAAUGGAAGACAGGAGAUCCAGGCAGCAGAUCAUGGAGCUAAUGAGGACAUGAACCUGAUGCAAAUGACGUCUGUGUUGAAAGAUCUACAGUCACUAUCAACUGCUCUACUAACUAUGGACAAGGAGAGUGAGGAGUCUCAACAUUCAAUAUAACGUAGAGUCACUGGUUAUCUCUCUGUUUGUGGGUGUGUGACCACCCUUGGAACCAGAAU